GGCUGGGCUCUAACAAUCAGUCACCAGUCCGACACCUGGUCGCGACGCGGUAGCGCGGACGGACGGACGAGACACUCCACCCUCCCCGCGUCGACGUCGAGGCGUCGAGGGUCAAGGAGGCCGCGAGCGUCAACAGAGCGGCCGCCGAGUGCAGUGGGGCAGUGUGCCGAGCGCGCCGAGUGGCGGUGAAUUGGCGGAAGUGGAAGUGGAUGUGCGAUUAGGGUCGGCGUGAAGCGCCAAGUGAACUUGACUGUCCUUUUCAAGAGGCUGCCCGCCGUCGCGUCGCCGCCCACGAAGUGCCACGAAGUGCUACGAAGUGGCCGCUGACGCUGGGCCCCGCCGGGGCUGGGGCCGGCCGAAGCAGGCCGAAGCAGACCGCGUGCUGCCAGGGCCGCCAAGUCGCCAAUCAAAGCGCCGUAAAACUUGCAGCAGCGGCAUCAUCCUCAUCGCCACCGUCAACAAGCCGGGCCUCUGCGUGUGAUUCGCAGCGCGGAGGAGGACUGUGCGAGGGGUGUGCGCGAGUGUUUGUGGGUGCGUGUGUGUGUGUGCGUCGCCGAGUGUGCCGGAACGGCGCUGGACCCCGUGGCCCCAGGGGCACAGCCGGCACAGCCGAUCGGCGCGCUGCGCACCUGCGGAGUGCUGCGGAGCCAAGCGAGGUGCGCCUCCCGCCGCGCCGACGCCCUGAAUAAGCCCAAGACCGGUGCUUUGAUCUCCGAGGGAGGCGGCGCCGCCGAAGACCCUCCCUAGGAAGUACACCAGAGGGCGGAGACGGAGACACAAAACAGAGAGCGUCGCCGGCAAGGACAAGGAGCGCGUCUGGCCGCUGCGGCCGGUUGAUGCUGUGGCUGCGCGGGCCUUCCUUGCCCAUGGAGGCAGUCGUCAGCCGCUUCAAGAAAAAGCGCAGCAGAGCGUCGACGGAGGACGCACCGCGUGGUGGCGGUCGGUAGACAGCCUGCGGAGCACAGCGAUGAGCGGCCAAGCAAAGAUGGCGCUGCUGUGGCUGCUGCUGCUGGCGCGGGCCGCGGCGGGGCUGGGCCACUUCGGCAGCUACAGCGAGGACGCCACGCCGGUGCUCUGGAAGUGCAGCUCGAGGAACGGCACGGACGGCCACCUGGGCGCCGUCGUGGAGGUGACCUGCAGCUGCGACGGCGCCAACAUGACCCACGUGCCCGCCACCAUGCCGCGCAUGCAUCGCCUGAUUAUCGAGAACUCCGCGGGCAUGGAGGUCCUGCGCAAGGACGCCCUGAACCCCUACAGCCACAGCCUGUCCGACGUAGAGUUGCGCUCCCUGCCGAACCUGGAGGCCAUCGAGGAGGGGAUCUUCUCCUCGCUCACCAAGCUGCGGUCUGUUUACAUUCUGGGCGUGCCCAAACUCAAGGUCAUCCCCGCCGGCGUCUUCCAGGGCCUCUCGCCGGCGUUCAAGGUCCUGAGGAUCAGCCGCACGGCGCUGCAACACGUCCCGCACAUCUCCAGCCAGGGCGCGGACCGCAUCCUCCACCAGAUCGACUUGGAGAGCAACGACAUCCAGCACGUGCCGUCCCAGGCCGUCCGGCUGCGGGCCCACACACUCGUCCUGGACUACAACUCCAUCACCGAGGUCCACGCCGGCGCGUUCAACGGGUCCGAAAUCGCCGAACUGAGCCUCAAAGGCAACCGGAGGCUGACGCAGUUGUCCCUGGGCGCGUUUCGCGGCCUCUCCUCGCUGCGAAAGCUUGACUUGUCGCAGACGUCCAUCUCGGAGCUGCCGACCGAGGGCCUGCAGAACUUGGAGGAGCUGCGGAUCGAGGACACCACCACCCUCACGACCAUCCCCUCGGUGUACAACUUCAGGGACCUGAAGACGGCACGGCUUACGUAUGCCUUCCACUGCUGCGCCUUCGCCCAUCCACAGAUCCACGAUGCCAAGAAGCAUGAGGAGUAUCUGCGCAUGGUGGAGAAGAUCAUGAACGCGUGCCGCGACAUGGAGGCGGCCAGGAUCAGUCCGGAGAUCAUGGGCGAGCUGCUGCAGUCCGUCGGCGUGUCGCGGCCCAGCGUGCGCCUCACCCGCGACGUCCGCGCCGCCCUGGACAGCCUCGGCGACGGCUCCGGGGGCGGCUCCGGCGACGGCUCUGGCGGCGGCGACGGCGACUACGCGGAGGACGACGCCAACGCCGGCUGGGGGGAUGUGGUGGUGCACGAUGUGGCGGACAGCUGGGGCGCGGUGGGCACGGCGGAGCCCUUCAACGUCUUCGUGCCGCACCACGACCACCAGGGUGCCUUCGGCGACGUGGUCAUGGACACCGGCAUGAUCUCGGACCAGCCCAAGCCGGAGCCGCAGAGCCCGCUCGGCGGCCGGCGCUCGGGGACGCACGGGCACCUGGACCUGGACCACGGCUGGCACCCCACCGCCGCCACGCUGUCGCCCGGCAUGUUCGAGGCCAUCUGCGGCAACGUGUCCAAGCAUGUGCCCGCCGUAGAGUGCAGCCCGGCGCCGGACGCGCUCAACCCGUGCGAGGACAUCAUGGGGUACGCCUGGCUGCGCGGCCUGGUGUGGGUGGUGGUGCUGGCCACGGUGGUGGGCAACGUGGCCGUGCUGGGCGUGCUGCUGGCGCACAUGGCCGCCCUCACCGUGGCCCGCUUCCUCAUGUGCCAGCUAGCCUUCGCCGACCUGUGCAUGGGGCUGUACCUGCUGCUGCUGGCCGCCAUGGACCUGCGCAGCCACGGCGAGUACUUCAACUUCGCCUGCUCCUGGCAAGUCGAGAGGGGCUGCAUGGUGGCGGGCUUCCUCACCGUCUUCUCCUCGCAGCUGUCCAUCUACACGCUGUGCGUCAUCACGCUGGAGCGCUGGGUGGCCAUCACGUACGCCAUCGACCUGAACAAGCGGCUGCGCCUGGGCGCCGCGGUGUACGUGAUGGCGGGCGGCUGGCUGUACGCCGUGACCAUGGCGGCGCUGCCGCUGGCCGGCGUGUCGUCGUACUCCAGCACCAGCAUCUGCCUGCCCAUGGACUCGCGGCACCCGGCCGGGCUCACGUACCUGAUAACGCUGCUGCUGGUGGCGGCGCUGGCCUUCGUGCUGGUGCUGGUGUGCUACCUGCACAUCUACCUGUCGCUGGGGCCCAACACCCGCCACAACCGGCGGCCCACGGCCCCGGUGCGCCGACAGUCCUCCGCGUCGUCGCGCCGCUUCGGCUUCGGCGCGGGCCGCCGCUCCCCGGCCGACGGCGCGGCCUCGCUCAAGGUGCGCAAGGAGUUCAGCGUCGCCAACAAGAUGGCCCUGCUCGUGCUCACCGACUUCACCUGCUGGGCCCCCAUCGCCUUCUUCAGCAUGACGGCGCUCGCCGGCUCCCCGCUCAUCUCCGUCACCAACUCCAAGAUCCUGCUCGUCUUCUUCUACCCGCUGAACGCGUGCGCCAACCCCUUCCUGUACGCCAUCACCACGCCGCAGUACCGCCGCGACCUGUCCAUGCUGCUCGACAGGUUCGGCAUCUGCACGCACCUCGCGCAGCGCUACAAGUUGCAGUACCACUCGACGCCGACGUCCCACAACUCCGCCCAGCCCGUGGCCAUGUCCCAGCGCGGCCACGCCGGCCACGGCCACGCCGGCCCCGCGGACGCGCAGUGCUACGACGGCCCGGGCGGACCCGAGACGAUGACGUCCCUGCUCUCCGUCAGUCCGCCGCCCGGCAGGAACAGGGAGGAAGCGUUCGUCUAGACGGUGUCUGGACCGUCUGUCUGGACGGUCCUGGAGGCUGGGGUCCAUCCUCGGCCGGGUCUCCCCAGCUCUCUGGGUCUCCCUGCUUCGAGCACCAGAACAGGACUGUGGUUCUAGGACUCUAUGGCAAGCAUGCCGUCAGCCCAACCAAAGUGAAACCGGACUAUGGCUCUAGGACUCUAUGGCCACCUUGCCGUCAGUCCGCUCAAAGUGGAACAGCACGUACUGCGUCAUUUUUGCGGUCACUUUGACGUCAUUUGGACUUCUUCGUGAGCGUUUCGUGUUUAUGGGGCUGGCCCGCAGAGGGGUGGCCUGCCACACUGGCGUUGCCCAUUUUUGUAUAGGGGAAAUGCCCUUGCUUUAGUGUUGUAUCGAUAUGCUUCGGCCAGACCCAAUUUUGCUCCAUGACUUCAUGACUAAUUCGGCGCGUUCCCAGAUGUCCGCGAUCGAGUUUUGUUUAUGACAUUCCACUGACACCCAAGCUAGCCGCUACAUAUUAUGUGAAGGUGCUGUGAAUUGUGCAUUGUGAUAUUGUAGAUCAAAGUUUGAAUCGUGCAAUCCCUGGGCCGGGGAAACAGAAAUAUCAUGACAUAUGACAUUCCAGCCUGUGUUUGGUAUGCCAUUCUUUGUCUGAGUGCAAAGAUUAUGGGCUUUACAGGCCUAGCAACUUUCUAGUUACUGUGAUACUAGUCAUUACCGAGAUAAAGCAGUAUUAAAAGAGCUAAUUAGAGCACCUAUCUUCUAGAUGCAUGUGUAUUUUGAUAUUAAGAAAGUGAAUCUGAUUUUGUACAGUGUAUCAAGCUUACUUAUGCUUUUCAUGUUCUCCCUAGUUUGUGAAUAUAGGCAUAAUUUUAUCAAUAAAUGUGUAAAUAGAUACACAAAUGAAGAGAAGGCAAAUGCAUUCAAAAGAUAAGUUUUAAUUGACAAAAUAAAUAUUUAAUUUAGAA